AUGGCCGCAAGAACCAAAGGAAAUACUGAUAAGGCAAUAGCGAAAGCCAUUAUAACUGACUUUACAAACCAACUAAGAGGUUGGUGGGACUUUUCCUUAUCUAAAGAAGGAAAAGCGCAAGUUCUUAACACUAUCAAAAUAGAAUUACGAACUGAGGGUGCCACUAUGGUAGGCAUGCACUUCACAGGAUUGGCUAGCUUAUACAUGGAUAGGUCUCAGGAACAGUUAAUGAACUUAAGAUGUCCUGAUCUUUCUCAUUUUAAAUGGUAUAAAGAUACCUUUUUUGCCCUUAUCUUUACCAGGGAAGAUAAUCAAUUUGACUUUUGGAAAGAAAAAUUUCUUUCUGGGUUACCCUCGUUAUUUGCUGAACGAGUUAAGAAACAAAUUAGAGACAAAAAUGAUGGAGCCCUUCCAUAUAACCAUUAUACUUAUGGAGAACUAGCCUCAGAAGUAGUUUCUACAGCAGUAGCAUUAUGUAAUGAAUUAAAAAUUCAUAGACAAAUGCAAAAAGAAAAACUCACUGGUAAAAGAAUACUCGGUGAUUUCUGCGAACAAAUAGGACUUCCACCCAUAACUUUUCCUUAUAAAAGAAAAGUUAAAGGGGUUAAGAGAGUAGGAAAAGGUAAAAAGAAAACCUAUAAUACUAAAAGUGAACCUGAAGACUUAGAAGUUAAUGCGGUAGACUAUACUUCUGAAGAAUCUUCUAGUGAAUCUGAUAAACAAUCAGAGUGUGAUGGGAACUGUGACUAUUACAAGUCACUAUGUACCUUAAAUGGUUUGUGUGUCUUAACUAAAGAAGAAGAUUUAAUCUUAGGUCUUAUAGAAAAGAUUGAAGACCAGGAAGAAAGACGAAAUAAGUUAAAAGAAUAUUUAACUCUGUAUAAGGAUAAAAGUCCUUUAGAAAAGAAAAUAGAAGAGAAGAAAAAUCCAUAUGAUCUUAAAGAAAUUAUGGAAAAAAUUAAAGCGGCUAAAAUGCUAAGAGAACUUACAAUAAAAGAAUUAUGA